AUGAAUAAUCAUCUACGAAAAGAAAAGCCGCUCUUUUUUUCUUUUCUUGCGUUCUUUCAGUCAUCUAAAAUCUUUUCAGCGCUAAAUACUACCUUUUCUUUUUUUUUCUUUCAGUCAUCUAAAAAUCUUUCAGCGCUAAAUACUACCUUUUCUUUUCUUGCGUUCUUUCAUCAUUCUUUCAGUCUAAAUACUACCUUUUCUUUUUUUUUUGCAUUCUUUCAGUCAUUUUUUUCAGCGCUAAAUACUACCUUUUCUUUUUUUGCAUUCUUUCAGUCAUCUAAAAUCUUUUCAGCGCUAAAUACUACCUUUUCUUUUUUUUGCAUUCUUUCAUCAUUCUUUUCAGCGCUAAAUACUACCUUUUCUUUUUUUUUGCAUUCUUUCAGUCAUCUAAAAAAAUUUUCAGCGCUAAAUACUACCUUUUCUUUUUUUUGCAUUUUUCAGUCAUCUAAAAUCUUUUCAGCGCUUUUUUUUCUUUUUUUGCAUUCUUUCAGUCAUCUAAAAAUCUUUUCAGCGCUAAAUACUACCUUUUCUUUUUUUUUUUGCAUUCUUUCAUCAUCUAAAAUCUUUUCAGUGCUAAAUACUACCUUUUCUUUUUUUUUUUUUCAUUCUUUCAGUCAUCUAAAAUACCUUUUCUUUUUUUGCAUUCUUUCCUCAUUCUUUUCAGCGCUAAAUCUAAAAUUCUUUUCAUCAGCGCUUACUAUCUUUUCUUUUCUUUUUUUUUUUCAGUCAUUACUUUCUUUUCAGUGCAUUCUUUUUCAGUCAUCUAAAAUUUUCAGCGCUUUUUUUCUUUUUUUGCAUUCUUUUCACGCUAAAUACUUUUUCUUUUUUUUCUUUCAGUCAUUCUUUCAGUCAUCUACCUUUUCUUUUUUGAGCGCUUUCAUCAUCUACCUUUUUCAUCUUUUUUUCUUUUUUUGCAUUCUUUUCAGUCAUCUUUCAAAAUCUUUUUCAGUGUCUCUAAAUACUACCUUUUCUUUUUUUGCAUUCUUUCACGCUAAAUACUACCUUUUCUUUUUUUUUGCAUUCUUUCAGUCAUCCCGUCUUUUCAGUGCUAAAUACUACCUUUUCUUUUUUUUCUUUCAGUCAUCUAAAUCUUUCAGCAUAAAUACUACCUUUUUCUUUUUUACAUUCUUUCAGUCAUCUAAAUCUUUUCAGCUUCAUCUUUUUCUUUUUUUGCGUUCUUUCACGCUAAAUACUACCUUUUCUUUUUUGAGUUCUUUUCAGUCAUCUAAAAUCUUUUCAGCGCUAAAUAUUACCUUUUCUUUUUUUUUGCAUUCUUUCAGUCAUCUAAAAUCUUUUUUGCAUUCUUUCUUCAAUCUUUCACUACCUUUUCUUUUUUUUGCAUUCUUUCCAUCAUCUAAAAUCUUUUCAGUGCUAAAUACUACCUUUUCUUUUUUUGCAUUCUUUCAGUCAUCUAAAAUCUUUUCAGCGCUAAAUCUACCUUUUUUUUUUUCAUUCUUUCAGUCAUUUUCUUUUCAGCAAUUUUUCUUUUUUGCAUUCUUUCAGUCAUUCCUCAAAUACUCUUUUUUUUUUGCAUUCUUUCAGUCAUCUAAAUAUCUUUUUUCAGCGCUAAAUUCCUUUUUUUCUUUUUUGCAUUCUUUCAGUCAUCUAAAAAUCUUUUCAGCGCCUAAAUACUACCUUUUCUUUUUUUUUUGCAUUCUUUCAUCAUCUAAAAUCUUUUUCAGUGCUAAAUACUUUUUCAUUUUGCUUUCUUUCAGUCAUCUAAAAUCAUUUUUCAGUGCUAAAUUCCUUUUCUUUUUGCAUUCUUUCAGUCAUCUAGUAUUCUCAGCCUUCAAAUACUACCUUUUCUUUUUUUUUUUUGCAUUCUUCAGUCAUUUCAAAUCUUUCCGCCAAUUUACCUUUUUUUUUUUUUCGUUCUUUCACGCUAAAUACUACCUUUUCUUUUUCUUGAGUUCUUUCAGUCAUCUAAAUCUUUUCAGCGCUAAAUACUACCUUUUCUUUUUUUUGCAUUCUUUCAGUCAUCUAAAUCUUUUUCUGCUAAAUACUGCCUUUUCUUUCUUUUUGUUCUUUCAGUCAUCUGAAAUCUUUUCAGCGCUAAAUACUACCUUUUUCUUUUUUUGCAUUCUUUCAUCAUCUAAAAUCGUUUCAGCACUAAAUACUGCCUUUUCUUUUCUUGCGUUCUUUCAGUCAUCAAAUCUUUUCAGCGCCAUUACCUUUUCUUUUCUUGCGUUCUUUCAGUCAUCUCAAAUCUUUUCAGCGCUAAAUACUGCCUUUUCUUUUUUUUGCAUUCUUUCGUCAUCUAAAAAUCUUUUUCUUUUUUGCUUCUUUCAGUCACCUUUUUUCAUUUUUUUUUUUUUGCUUUCUUUCAGUCAUUUGAAAAUCUUUUCUGCUAAAUACACCUUUUCUUUUUGCAUUCUUUCCAUCAUCUCAAAUCUUUCAUCGCUAAAAACUACCUUUUCUUUUUUUUUGCAUUCUUUCAGUCAUCCGAAAUCUUUUCAGCGCUUACUACCUUUUUUUUUUGCAUUCUUUCAUCAUCUAAAAUCUUUUCAGCCUUCAAUACUACCUUUUCUUUUUUUUUUGCAUUCUUUCAUUCAUUACGUGUUUUCAGUGCUAAAUACUACAUUUUUCUUUUUUUUGCAUUCUUUCAGUCGCCACGUCUUUUCAGUGCUAAAUACUACCUUUUCUUUCUUUUUGCAUACUUUCAGUCGUCUAAAAUCUUUUCAGCUAAAUACUACCUUUUCUUUUUUUGCAUUCUUUCAGUCAUCUAAAUCAUUUCAGCAUAAAUACUACCUUCUUUUUUUUUUGCAUUCUUUCUUUCUUUUCUUUCUUUUCUUUCUAAAUCUUUCUUUCAUUUUUUGCAUUCUUUUCUUCUGCUAA